AUGACCAAAAAGAACAAGUCUAAGAAUCAAGGAUUAGCACUUGAUUUGGACAACUGUGAAAAGUUGACUCACUUAAAAGAAAUUCCUAAAUCAAGAUCAUCUUCGAUUACUUCUAUUGAAUCCGAAGGAUCCAUUCAAUCGGUUUUGAAACCACCACCAAUGAGGGAAUUCGAUGAUAUUGUUGCUUUCGAAAGUUACAUUCGUGAUGAGACUUGGGAUAAUGAUUUUGACUACUGUCAUGCCCAUUUGUCGUACUAUCCACCAUUUAUCACCAAGGAAGUGCACGGCAACUUGGACAAAAUCAAGCCUACCAUGAACAAGAAGUCGCGUAAGUUCAAGAGAAACUUGCAGCACCACAUUCAAAAGCAUUUAAUGCCAGACAUGGAGAAAUGUUCUGGAUUUACCAUGGAUUUUGGUAAGGUUGGAGUUGAAGAAACACCAACGAAGUUGAAGUGGAAGUUUGAAGAUGCCAGUGAUCAUGGCUUCACCAAAGAGGAAGAAGACCAGUACGAUAGACAUUGGAAAUUAGAAUUAGAAGUUACUUGCAAUAACGAGAACCCGUUAGUCGAAGUCGACUAUAGGGCAAUCCCGAUUUAG